UCUAGUCUUUAUAUAAUGCCUCCCACCAAGCAAUACCUCUUAGCUGCCUUUAGUAACUUUUCUUCUUUUUACACAUCUCCAUCUGGGUUCUUUACCAUCUGCUCUGGAACCAUGCUUUGUCUCUCAAGGGAACAAAUGGCGUUGCCUUUAGUUUUGCUUCUGCUAUUUUUUUCCGUAAGAGUAGAGUGCAACCUCUCUCUUUUUGAUAGAAUUGUUCAGUUACCGGGUCAACCUCAAGUCGGGUUCCAGCAGUAUUCGGGUUAUGUGACCGUUGAUAAGAAAAACCAGAGAGCUCUCUUCUACUACUUUGCUGAAGCAGAAACAGAUCCAGCUUCUAAGCCACUUGUUCUCUGGCUAAAUGGAGGGCCAGGUUGCUCUUCUUUAGGAGUUGGAGCAUUUUCUGAAAAUGGGCCAUUCAGGCCAAGAGGGCAGGUUCUUGUCAAGAACCAAUUUAGCUGGAAUAGGGAAGCUAAUAUGUUGUAUUUGGAAACACCAGUUGGAGUUGGGUUCUCUUAUUCCACUGAUACCUCCUCCUAUGCGGAUGUUAAUGACAAGAUCACAGCUAGGGACAAUCUGGUGUUUUUGCAAAAAUGGUUCAUCAAAUUCCCACAGUACAGAAACAGAAGCUUGUUCCUCACUGGAGAAAGCUAUGCCGGUCAUUAUGUACCCCAACUAGCAGACCUCAUGAUUGAAUUCAACAAGAAGCAGAAGCUGUUCAAUUUGAAAGGAAUCGCUAUAGGAAAUCCAGUGUUGGAGUUUGCUACAGACUUCAAUUCAAGGGCUGAGUUCUUCUGGUCUCAUGGAUUGAUAUCAGACACAACCUAUAAAAUGUUCACUUCAUUUUGUAACUACUCACGUUAUGUGAGUGAAUACUACAGAGGUUCAGUUUCUCCUAUUUGCUCAAGGGUUAUGGGCCAAGUGAGUAGAGAAACCAGCCGAUUCGUAGACAAGUAUGAUGUCACCCUAGAUGUCUGCAUAUCAUCAGUGCUCUCACAGUCCAAAGCCCUUAGUCCCCAGCAAGUAGCUGACAAUAUAGAUGUAUGCGUGGAAGAUGAAACAGUUAACUAUCUCAACAGGCUCGAUGUGCAGAUGGCUCUCCAUGCACGCCUUGUCGGUGUCCGACAAUGGACUGUUUGCAGCAACAUCCUAGAUUAUGAGCUGCUGGAUUUGGAGAUACCAACAAUUCAUACUGUGGGGAGACUCGUCAUGGCAGGAAUCCCAGUCUUGGUAUACAGUGGGGAUCAAGAUUCUGUUAUCCCAUUGACCGGAAGUCGAACAUUAGUCCAACGAUUGGCUGAAGAAUUGAAACUGAAAACCUCUGUUCCUUAUAGAGUUUGGUUUGAAGGACAGCAGGUUGGCGGGUGGACUCAAGUAUAUGGCAAUAUUCUGUCGUUUGCCACCAUCAGAAGAGCAUCUCACGAAGCUCCAUUUUCCCAGCCAGAGAGAUCAUUUGUGCUGUUCAAGGCAUUUUUGCAAAGGCAGCCUCUACCAGAAGCAUUUUGAUAUCAAUUCUUCGAUGGGAAUGCAAAUUCAAUUGUAAGUAAAGUUGGAUUGCUGUUGCAAAAUGGUACCUGACAAUUAUCUGAGAAGGAAAUAUUGCAUUGGUUUGUUUUAUUCUUGGAUUCGUCCAUGCUAUGGAAUAUAGAAAAAUUUUGUAAAGAUUUCCGGUCAAGAAAAAAAAAGUUUUUCUAUUGCAAAUUUUGA